AAAUAAUCUUAGACUUAAAACCGAGUCAUUUUAUUUGGUGAUGGAGUACCCUUGAUUCGGUUCUGCGGUUGGUUUCCAUUUUUUCUGGCUGUCAUGUUCGACAAGCUCUGAAGCCGCUUGGGAUAGGGCCGCCGCCUCCGCCGCCGCGCAUCCACCAAACCGCCGUCCGGGACAUAUUAAUACCAGCCUGCUGUUGCAGAACCGCGACGGACAACUCAAUAAUGCGGCUAAUGGUUAGGUCAGGGUGCCAAAAUGCCAAAAGCUUGAUCUCCCCAUCGCCCACCAACAGCAAUAACAACAAUAACCUCUUCUUCUUCCUCUUAUACUCCACCUCCACCGCCGGCGCCACCAGAGCCGCGGCCGUCGAGUCGUUAUCUUCAUCCCAUCCGUACACUCUUUUUUCGCACGAGUGCCUUCAUUCAUCAGCUCCGCUCUCCAAUCCUACUCAAACGUCAAAUACCUGCGAAUUUCACACAAAGGACGUGGUUUUGACGUUCAAAGAUUGGUUCUUGAGCAGGGAGAACACGAAUUUCGACCGAAUCUACGAUAUCUUACGAACUAAAGACGAACCAUCGGCCGAUUUAGCUUUGAGCCGCUUCAAUCUCCGUCUGUCGGAAACGUUAGUUCUAGGUAUUUUGAACCACGAGAAGGGUCGAGAUGUGCUAUCCUGCUUGAAGUUCUUUGAUUGGGCGGGUCGCCAGCCUGGGUUCUUCCAUACCCAGGCCACGUUCGCUGCCAUUUUCAAGAUUCUCUCGAAAGCCAAGCUCAAUAACUUGAUGCUUGAGUUCUUGGAGAAUCACGGCAAUCAGAGAUAUGUCCACAGAUUAAGAUUCCACAACACUUUGGUGAUUGGGUACUCCAUUGCAGGGAAACCGGAUCUCGCACUCCAGGUGUUCGGCAAAAUGCGAUUUAGUGGCACCAAUUUAGACUACUUUGCUUAUCAUGUCCUUCUCAAUGCGUUAGUGGAUGAUGGGUUCUAUGAUGCUUUUGAGAUGAUUCUAAAGGAGAUAAAGACCAACGGAUUCCAGAAUGCAGUCACCAAUUCAAUAUUCAUGAAGAGUCUAUGUAAGAGGCGUGAGCUGGACAAGGCCGAAGCUUAUGUUAGGGGUUUGUUAGGAGAUGGUGGGGUUGGGUUGAAUGGGGUUGUAGUGGCCACUGUUGUGGAUGCUCUUUCAAAGGAAAGACACAAACUCUCCCGACCUAACAACGACCUUCUCAAAGCGUUCAGACCAAACCAGAUGGAGAACAGACUUGAAGAGGUUUAUGAUUGGUUAUUGGAGAUGAAAGACCAAGGUAUAUCUCCAGAUGAGGUCACCAUGAAUGUCACUUUAUGUUUCUUGUGCAAAGUGGGAAUGGUUGAAGUCGCCCUUGAACUGUAUGAUGCAAGAGCAGAGUUUCAUCUCUCUGUCAACAGUAUGGCUUAUAACUAUCUCAUAAACACUCUAAUGGGUGAUGCAAGCAAUGAUGACGCCUCCCGUGUGCUGAGGAAUGCAAUCGAACAAGGUUAUUUUCCAGGCAGAAGGACACUAUCCAUCAUUGCAAAUUCUCUUUGUAAAGAGGGGAAGCUCGACAGGGUAAAUGAGUUGAUUGUUGCUGCUCUUGACCACAAUCAUACCCCCAGUGACAUGAUGUAUAACAGGUUCGUAUCAGCUUUAUGUAGAUCAAACCGAGUUCAAGAUGGGUUCUUGCUACACGAGCAACUCAGCCGGUAUAAUAGGGUUACGAGCAGGAAUACUUACUUUGACUUAAUUACUGGGUGUGUCAAGACGAGUAGGGCAGACAUUGCAGCAAGACUACUUAUAGAAAUGCAAGAAAAUGGCCACACACCUACCCGUGAAUUAUUCAGAGAUGUUAUUCACUGUUUAUGUCAACUGAACAAUCCAGAACAGCAAUUAUUCAGGUUCAUGGAAUUGCAGUUGACCCGGUUUGAACCUAGUGUUGCCAAUUACAAUUUCUUCAUUGAUGGAGCCGGGCAUGCUGGAAAACCUGAGCUUGCCAGAGAAGUAUAUGAAAUGAUGGAGAGAACUGGCACAUUGCCAACUCUGAAUUCUCACAUACUGCUGUUGCAUAGUUAUUUGAAAAAUGGAAGGAUUUCAGAAGCUUUAAACUUCUUUUACGAUUUAACCAAAGAGGCAGGAAAAGUUUCUCGGAAGAUAUGGCACUGCAUGAUUGUGGGCCUUUGCAAAAAAAACAAGCCACAGCUUGCAUGGGAUAUAUUCUGGAAGAUGAGGGGUGAAGGGAGGAUGCCAACUAUGGAAUCUUAUGAGGAACUUGUGAGUUUGCUUUGCUCUCACAGGGAGUAUUAUUUUGCUUUAACUGUUGUCGAUGACUUGAUUCAAAGUGGUCGAAAACUUUCCUCGUUUAUCGGCAAUGUGCUUCUGUUACAUUGUUUAAGGACUCGAAAAAUUUAUGAUGUUUGGCGGAUUUCAAGGAAUGAUCAAAACACAACACUUAAGAGUUUGAGAUUAGGGGAGCUGCUAGCGGUAUUUUCAGGUUGUAGUAAUGCAGACCUGGAUAUUAACCAAGUUGAAGGAUUGAUCCAGGAGUGCUUCCCUCUUGAUAUAUACACCUACAACAUGUUAUUGAGAAGCCUAAGCAGGUGUGGGAUUGAUUUUGCUUCUGGUUACUUUAAUUCUUUAAGACAAAAAGGGUAUGAGCCAAACAGGUGGAGUUAUGAUAUCAUAGUGCAUGGUUUGGUAAAACGCCGUCGGACUUCUGAAGCUAGAAGGUGGAUCGAGGAAAUGCUUGGCAAAGGGUAUAAUAUAACAGAGGGGACUGAGCGCUUGCUCUGGUUAUGUUCAUAAGAUACCAGUUCGCUUAAACAAAUCGCUCUUCCUAACGCUGUUUGUAGCUUGGGAUGCUGGAGUGGGCUGAGAAAUUGAUUGAAAAAACUUGGGCAUAUAUCCGCAGUGACCUUUCAGCCUGGAAGAAAUUUCUUCGGGGUGCCCAUGCCAUUAAUAAAUAGCGUGCACAGCUAGCUUUGAAGACUAAAUUUCUAGUGCCUUC